AUGGAGGAAGAUUUGAAGAAGCAAGGCGAGGCCAUUGAAGACAAUAGGAGAGCGAUACACUUUACCAAAGUUUCUACCAAGGAGAUGGACAAUCACUUAGAUGAGAAGAUCUCAAGUCUUGAUAACAACCUCGAUGGCACCACCAAGAGUCUCAAUUCAAUAACAGCAGUAGCUCAUCAAGCUAAGAGGGAGGUAGCCGAAGUAACCCUAAAGGAGAGGCAAUGUUACUCGACGAUGCUUACAUUGGUGGAAGGGCAAAAACAAGUGAAGGCACAAAUCCGAGAUUUACACAUCUCUCUAGACAAGAGGAGCCAAGAUAUUCAAAGAAGAGCUAGAGGGCUUGAAGACAAAGUAGAUGGAGUCUCCAAGGAAGUCAAGGAUUUAACCACUCGCUUAGCCAACUUGGAAGAGAAGGUCUUGACCGAGCAAAGACGACCGUUCCUAAGCACAACCAUGCCGCGCCCGUCUUUACUAUAA